AUGGACAAACAGACUGAAGAAUGUGGUUAUUGUUGCCUAACGAUCAUUGCACUUUCGAUAGCGUUCUGUUCGGCGGUGAUUACGUUUCUCGUCGCUAACCAUAUGUAUACUGGUCUUCCAUGUCAUGAUGAUCCUCAACCGUAUACAUUAAAAAAUGAGGAGUUAUCAUGGGAUGGAAGUAAUCGAUUAGUUGUCGCAAAUAAGAGAAUCAUUGUUGUGAGACUGGACGACCUCAAACGUUGUUAUCUUCUGCCAAGUCGCCUUGCUCAGAAUGGUGAUCGACAACAAUUUGAUAUAGUACCUGAACCACUUACAAAGGCUAUUGGAACACAUUUUGCUGGUCCAGAAGGAUGGAAGUUCUGUGAUGGCCUGCCAGUGUUUUUACUAGAAGAGGCAAAAAACGAGUAA